AUGCAGCAACAGCCACAGUCUGGCCAACAGUCCGGGGCACCGAACGGGGUGGCAGGUGGUGCCCAAUUGCCGCAAACAGGUGGCAUAAGCUCCGCUCAACCUGGAGCGACAGGUACCGCCACGGCGGCGUCAAAUCGUGCCCAGGUUAACGGCGGCCGAUUCGAUUUCGACGAUGGCGGCACCUACUGCGGCGGUUGGGAGGAUGGAAAGGCACACGGCCACGGGGUCUGUACAGGACCCAAAGGCCAAGGCGCUUACUCCGGUAGCUGGCAUUAUGGGUUCGAGGUAUCCGGUGUCUACACCUGGCCUAGUGGGUCGGCUUACGAGGGCCAGUGGCAGAAUGGGAAGCGGCACGGUCUGGGCAUGGAAACCCGUGGACGAUGGAUUUACCGCGGGGAAUGGACACAGGGUUUCAAAGGUCGCUACGGUGUCAGACUAUCGACAACGUCCACUGCGAGGUACGAGGGCACGUGGGCGAGCGGUCUUCAGGAUGGCUACGGCUCGGAGACGUACGCCGACAGUGGUACAUACCAGGGCCAAUGGUAUCGUGGUAUGAGACACGGCUACGGCGUGAGAGCCAGCGCGCCGUUCGGUUUAGCGAGUCACUACAAACCAUCGAAGCAAGUCAGGGCCUCUUUGACGUCUCUGAGAAGCGCUGACGGCGGAGGACCGGUCGCGCCAACACCGGAACCGACCGACAGAAGGGAUCGUCGGGUCGACGACAGCAGGGGUGGUUUUGUGCUGAAAGCCAGAAGCGACGAUCCUCCGGCGCGGAGGAAAAGCCUCACGGAAAAGUCUUUGAAGAAGGGUAUUCUCUCGGGAUUGAAAAUCCGAAAACAAAGGAGCACGGGCGACUUGGAGAAACGCGGCACCGGAGGCAGUAUUAGAAGCAACGCCAGCUCGGCGUCAUGGAUGUCGACGGAGAGCUCGCAGAGUCAGGCAUCGGCGUCCGUUCACACGGACAGCAACGCGUCCUUCGUCAUCGAGGACGAGCAAAUGGACGCCUCGGUGACCGAGACGUACCUAGGCGAGUGGAAGAACGACAAGAGGACAGGCUUCGGUAUAUCGGAGCGUAGCGACGGUCUUCGGUACGAGGGUGAAUGGUUCAACAACCGUAAGUACGGUUACGGUGUGACGACGUUCCGGGACGGCACUAAAGAGGAGGGCAAGUACAAGAACAACGUACUGAUCACCAGCCAGAAGAAGAAGCAUCUGUUCCUUAUCAGAUCCGCGAAAUUCCGUGAGAGGAUAGAGGCGGCGGUGAACGCGGCGCAAAGAGCCAGCAAGAUCGCUCUUCAGAAGGCCGAUAUCGCGAUCUCGAGAACGGCGACCGCACGCGGAAGAGCGGAGCUCGCGGACAUCGGCGCAGCCCCGGACUUCCGGCAGCCUGGCCUGGAGAGGUUACGGAACAGAGAGAUACCAAAAUACGUGCCACCGCCCCAGGACACCGUGCCAGGGAAAAGUAUCCUUCACAAGGCGGCCAGCGUGGAUCAGCCCGGUUCCACGACCAUGAAGAGCCCAACAUCGUCGUUGGAACCAACCACGACGACCACCACAUCGGCGACAUCCACCGCCAGCAAUGUGAUGCAAUCGAUCAGGCGGGCCAGCAUGAAGACCCAGCAGAAUCAAAUGCCGCAGAAUCAGAAUCCAUUGCCGCAGAACCAGCUCACGCAGAAUCAGAUACCGAAUCAGGUGACUCCCGCACAGCUCGUGAAUCAACUGCCACUAAGCCAAUUGAAUCAGACUACCCUGAGCGGCCAGAACCUCUACCAAACUCAGUACCCACAGCCGAUGGCCCAGAAUACGAUUCAGCCAGGCCAGUAUCCGAACAAUAUACCGAAUCAGUAUCAGCAAACCGGCCAGUAUCAGGGUGGUCAGUACCCCCCGCAAAAUCAGUUCCCUGUUCAGGGUAGUCCGUACGGUCAGCCGCAGUACCAACCAAUCAGCCCACCCCAGGCAGAUCAGUAUUCGUAUCAGCAACAGCCGACUGGCUCGCAUGGCUACCAGAAUAUGCAGGCUUAUCCGAAUCAACAGAUGACAAUACCCAAUCAGUAUGGGCCCGGUCAGGUGAACCAGUACGGUUCUCAACAACUGUACGGACAACAGCAAUCGCCGCCGUCUCAAACCCAAAUCCAGCAACAGUAUCAGCCCGACGGGAUUGGGGAUCCACAACGACCAUCGAGUUCAACGAGUAUACGAAGAAACAGCAGGGUCUUGAGCCCGCAAGAUCGACCCGGGACUAUUGGGCAGACGUUAAACGACAGACUGGAUCAUUACAAGAGGCCGCCCAGCCGUGAUAGUUCCGUGGAUCGUUACGCCAGAGCGCAUUCCCGGUUGACAGGAUCGAGACAGCCGUCCGUCGAUAAAACCAUCACGAACCCGCCCCAGGAUAUGCUCGACAGAUCAACGAGAGCACCGAGCGCGAUUCGAUCAGGGACACCGCUGAACGGAUCCGUGGUGGGGAGCGGCUCUGCGACGCCGACAUACGCCGCCUCGACUUCCGGUCAGUUCGAGGGGGCUCUGCUGAAGAACCGUGGCCUUGGACAGGACAUUCUGCCGAGCCAGGGACAGCCUAAGCGUACAGAGAGCCUCUACGUCACUCCCGGACGCGGUCCAACCGCAUCCGGUGGUGGCGGAGGCGGCAGCGGCGGCGGUGGCGGCGGGGGAGGCGGCCCGAAGGCGAUGCCAGUGGCGGCGACAGUGUCCCUUCAAAGAAAAAAAUCGUUGCCGGAUGUGGCGCAGCCCAUUCUGCUUACGGCCACGGCACCGUUGUCCAGGGAGGAAGUCAGUGUUCUGAGCAGCAUGAGGAGGGAGGAGAUCCGCAGGCAGAUCGACGAGAGCGAAAGGCUCCGGGCCAAUCCUCUGCUGUAUCUGGUCAGUCCUCAGGUUAAAGACUGGUUCUCCCGACAACAGCUCGUGAUGCUGGUGCUGUUCAUCAACAUAUCCCUAGCCUUGAUGUUCUUCAAGUUGCUGACGUAGCAGCCAGCCGACGAUCGGAUUCACGGACUCGUGGUGGACGUGACCUGAGACCCGUGGGCGUCGCGACGCCCCGUGUUUGUCACUGGAUACCAGAACGCGAGAAGCAACGAACAGGCCGUGUACGCAAGGAGAAUGUGCCUGGCACGACGCGAAACCACGAAGAGAACAAUUGCUGAAGAGACGGGUUUUCGAGCGUACGUACGCGGUUCCACGGUUAAACGAACGAACGUUGCCCGAUCGCGUCGACGUGGAACAAAGAAGACAAGGAUAUACGGAUCGUGUCGACCGAAGACAAAAUCAACUGAUGUGUCUCGACUUUUCCAAAGGGGAUGAUUGCAAGAUGAUCGAAGGAAACGAUUUACACGAAAUAUACACCGGGCUUCUUUACCGCGACGACUGCUUUUUUGGAAGGAUUUCUUCUUCCAGCCAAUAUGGAGGUUCAACGGAGCAUCUCCUUGAACGGCUAAAGAGGGAAGAAGAGCCCAGAGCCUUCGUUUGAUUGUCUCAGACGGGGUUGUACACGCGACAUAUUGACGAACCCCGCCGCCUCCGGCUGUAUCGUACAUAUUUUUACACCGAGUAUUUUAAUAUAAAUAAUAUUUGUAAAGGGCCGUGGCCGUGUCCCGGCUGGACCGGCCACACGCUCUUGAACACGGUGCGCACACACACACGAAUCUCUCUACACUUUCCCAUUAUCUUUUUUUCUUUUUCUUUCGAUCGACUCGAGCGCGGACAACCAGUAUAUCGCACACACUUUUAUACACACGCGACGUUUUAGAGCGGCUAGAGUAGCGUGAAUUGGUUUUCCGUGAGAUUCUCAAUGGGGAGAGGGGGGAACGUGGACGGUCGGAGAUAUGUAUUUUUCAAAACGGUUUUUUGGUUGCCCCCCCCGUAUUAAAAGAGAAAAGGGGGUUACCGAGUCCCGACGAUGGGAUCGACUGGACAGUUGCUGGAGUAAAUUCGCUGGAUCGAUUAUAUAUAGUGAUGUAAUUAAAGGGGAUUGCGAGAUGGGCGACGAGUUUCGAGUUUCUAUACGAUUGUUACCGAUUUCUACGAAUUCGAGAGAGGGGUUCCCGGUUACGGUUGUUGUGCGAUUAAACGUUACGAUGUAUUCAUGUGUUAUAUCGACGUGUCCAUGUAAUAUUGUAUGGGUGUUAUACGGGGAUAUCGACGUAUGUAAACUGUAAUUACGCGAGCUCCGUCGAGGAGAUUCACUUCGUACGAAGUAUUAUUCGUGUAGCCUUUUGCCUUCCACGCGAACAUUGUACAUAGACACUCUUCUUCGACUUUUUAUAUACACGUUAUAGGGUGCGCACAAGAUUUCGAACAGUCGCGAUCGUUGGUCACAUACCCCCCUUCCCUGAUCGAUCGGGACACGUGAAACGAAAAACGGAAGUAUCGACCGAGA